AUGCUCAGUCCGGAGGCGGUGUGGCACUUCCCGGUGCAAAUAUGGGACCAGGUUUUGUCCAAAGUAAACCGGGCGGUGGUCUUCAUGGACGACGCGAGCGCGGAAGUGCUUCACUGGAGCGCGGGGGGUGCCGCCGCGUUGUUCGAGGCUGGAGCCCGAAACGUGAAACAGUUCUCCAGCUUUGAAUCUUGUAAUGAGGACGAGCCCAAAGCAUUGUUCGUGGUGAGCACUUUGUUAAAGGGGCGUACCGUAGACACUCUAAAGGACAUCAUCUCACUCAGCCACCUGCAGUACUGUGUUGUGGUCACAGCCGUGUCCCAUCCGUUGCACCUGCUCGCCAACAAUGUAGCACCAACAGCGGACGUUGAUGGCGCCACGCCCGUCUUUGAGCAGCUGGAGGAUAAGCUUUGCGAGUGGAUGGGCAACAUGAACUAUACGGCCGAGGUCCUGCACAUACCGCUCACCUUUGCCCCCGUGUCCCAGCAGUUGCUUCUGGCGCCUGCUUUUGCCCACCUCUUCCCACUGCUGCCACCUGACUUGUGCACCGUCAACGCAAAACGGCCAGAUAAGAAGCGCUUCACCAGUCUACUGGAUGUGGACUUGCACGCACUCCCGGCUGAGCUACAGUUGCAGAUCAAGACGCUAGCAGGGGCCGUAAACACCCUUUUUGAGGCCACUGGCACCAGAGAGGAAAGUUUCGCAGUGGGCCCCAUGAGUCGCCUCAUCGCGGGGGAGCUGGCAUCUCAUCCCCAGGCCAAGAACCGCAGGAAGACUGCUCCCAACAAAGCCUCCAUCAUCUUUGUAGACCGCACAAUGGACCUUACUGGGGCAGUCGGUCACCAUGGCGACAACCUAAUAGAGAAGAUUUUGACGGUGCUGAAACCUCUUCCGGGUCAUGUGACGGAUGUGCAAGUCGACAUGCGGGAGCUGACCAACGUGCUGAUCAUUCCUGAUUCGGAGAGCUGCGUGGCACCAGGAUGCCUAGCACAAACACAGUCGCCUGCAGCCCGUUCCCUGUGGGAGGCCAUGCUCACCAGCAAGCACAAAGAAAGUGUGAUGGAGGUCCGACGGCAGCUUGUCGAAGCAGCCAGCAAGGCAAACCUGCCCAUCAAGAUGAGCAUGGGCCGCGUGACCCCCGAGCAGCUGUGCUCUUAUGCGCGGCCAUUCCGAGGUGACGCGAGGGCGCUAGAGAGUCACUGCGGGGUGCUCCAGCUGGGACUGGCCACGGCGCAGACCCUCCGACACCCACUUCUUCCCCGCUGGGACGCCUGCCUGGCCUUUGAGAGGCUACUGCUGCAGGCUCUGGGAGACAGUGACUUCCCCUCAGUGCUGAGUCAGCUGCUGCCCUUGAUGAAGCCCCGCGAAGAUCAGGAUGGCAGCGCCGGCUUCGCGGAGGACGAGUGCGGGCCCGACGAACUGAUCCUGCUGCUAGUCUUCUUGUACUCGCUGGCGGAUGAGGCUCAGCUAGCACAGCAGGAGGACAAGCUGGAGAAGCUGGAGAGGGAGCUGAUCGGCGCACUCACAUUGGCCAUUAUGAGGGAGACCACACUCAGCCCCUUGCUGCAGAAACUCACAGGGUGCACACAACCUGACGAACUGAGAACGGAUCAGGUCCACUCCACUGUGGAGAGCAUGUUCAAGACCUUCGGCGGGCUGAGUCACCCGCGAGACCACCUCAAGCAACUACGUCGCGUCUACACUGCUAGUGACGGCGUCCACCAGGCUACCUAUCGACCUUUCCUGCGACAGAUUCUGCAGGAAGUCUUCCACCCUGAGCGACCUGAGUGUCCUGACAUCGAGCACAUGUCGGGGGGCCUCACGGACCUCCUAAAGACGGGCAUCAGCAUGUUCAUGAAGGUUAGCCGCCCGCAUCCCAGCGACAACCCGCUGCUCUUCCUCUUCCUGGUGGGUGGAGUCACACCCUCAGAGCUCCGCCUCAUCAAGGAGACCACCGCCUCCUUGAAACCCGGAACUCAGGUUCUGGUUCUGUCUAGCCGGCUGCUGAGGCCCACCGACGUUCCCGAGCUGCUCUUCGCCACCCAAAGAUUAACACCAGACAUCGGUGUGUGA